AUGUCAAUUCCCUUAGCAGAGCUCGCCCGCCGCAUAACUGCCAAGGAACAACUUCAUGUAUUCACGCUCGACCAUCUCCUAGCUUUCAUUGAUCGCUGUUGUCAGUUUCGCGACGAUUUUGCUCUGGUUCAGCAAGGGAGGCGCGAUACACGGUCGGCCCCUGAUAUUAUGCCCGCCGCGCACACCUACUGGUUCUCGCAAAAGUUCGACGUCCCCACUUCGGCUAUAGACCUUCUCUGGGACGUAUUAAAGGAUCAAAUUUGGCAAAUGAUGACGGCCCGAGAGCGCCUGGAUGAUUUGGUAGACGACUUUGAGGAGAACGGUGGCUGGGACAUUGGGAUAGCUUAUGUCCCGUUGUACCCUCCUUCGCGGAGUUGUAUCAAUCCAGACUGUCAAAAGAGCACCGAGCUCCGGCAGCAUGUUGCCCUCAGAUGUGUCGCGUUUACCAUCGACCACGGUGUUCAGUUCGCGAAGGUGGUGAACCUCACUUGUAACCAGUGCAAAUGGGAAUUUCACAACAACUACGUAGUACGCCCAGCACUCGUGGCCGACGAACAGGGGAAUCCCACCGCUGCUUCGCCACACACACCUCUUGUUCUCGAUUGUCGGCCACUAUCUAGCAACACCAUGAGCGGGUGGAUCUUCUUGCCGCCUCUGGAGGUCCUCGACAACGGUACCUGCACUUGCCCAGUCUGUUUCGAGGUGACGAUCCUGUACCCGGCGGUUCACACGAAUCCUAAGCACAGGUACCAUAAGCGGGUCCAUCUCAAGUGCUUUAAGCCACACCCGGAUGGCCAAAUCUACUACUAUGUCUUCCCCGAGGGUGACGUCCCUCCGCCGGUCCUAGCUCGCACCCGUCCCUCGAGCACCCCUCUCCCGAGUCCUAUGCCUUCAUUCUCUUCGGCUACCAGUCUCCAGGCCCUAGCCAACUCAGCAUCUCAGACGCCCUCCGAUCUAGGACACGCACCUAUCGUUAAGCCGCUUGGCAAGUGCAAGUUCGGUAACUGCAACCUUGCAACUCCCAUCAAAAGCGGCGCCUGCUAUCGUGAGUGGUGUCAUAUCCACUGUAAGGCGAGAGGUGGCUGCACGGGCACAGCAAAACAUUGUGUCGAUGGCAACUCCCUUGGUCGUCCCCUCACUCCUGAGGAGCAGGAGCAGGAGGAGCGCCAGCUGAGCGGUCGCUCUCAAGUCCCUGUCGAUCUUCACCUAUCCUCGAUUCCUGUCCCUUCGUCCUCAUCUGCAGGUUCCUCCGAGUCAUCUACGGCUCCAUCACUCCCUUCCUCGACUGUCACUCCUUCUUCUUUAUCCCCUUCUUCUCUGGCUUUGUUAUUCCCUAGCGCUUCGCAGCCAUCACCUUCCACGCAGCCGCCGUCACCUUCCUUGCAGCCACCGCCUUCCUCGCAGCCACCACCUUCCACACAGCCACCACCUUCCACACAACCACCGCGGUCGCAGCAGGCAACCUCUUCGCUGAUUACAAGACAUCUCGAAGAUCCUUGGGUGGAUAUAUGGAAGACGAAGAAGGUCGACACGGUCAUGAACGCCAACCAAGCGCACAUCCAGACUGUGCUUGAGCAGGAUAGCAAGAAACUACUGAAUCUGCUCUUGUGGAUUACAAACACACAACGGGAGAAUGCCAAGCUCAUGGGUUCGCGGUCUCUACCAAAGUGGCCCUAUUUCUCGCUCAUCGAAUACAUGUCUUCGGACGAGUCCGCCAUACCUCCUCCUAGCGCCGAAGUCCACCGCAUCGAGCAGUAUGACCGUCGAAGGAGCGAGUGGGUCACCGUCUCAAUCCACGCCUCGCACAAGGUCACCACCGGGGAGACCCUUAUCUUUCGACUCCCUGGUGUCACUGAUCCACAGGACGACUCAGGACUUCUUGGGCCACCACCACCUAUCGACACCAUCGACGAUAUCACUCUCGAGCGUGCCCGAAUUCGUAAACAGUCACCAGUCGGCCGUAUCCUCAAGCCCAUUGAUCCUUCCCUUGUUCGCCAGCGUCCUCGCUCACCGCGUCCCCGCUCACCGCUCCCCCGUGGUUCUCCUGAUCUGCUCGCUAUCAUGGCGCAGGAAGCGGCGCAGGAAGCUCAACUUGAACAGCCAUCUCAGCCUCCCUCACUCGAAGGCUCACCGGUAGAAAUACCAUGGCCGUCCCCAUCGCUCAAGGCUCGCUAUGUGUCACCACCCUCCUCCACAUCGUCCUCUGUUUCACUGUCGCGCACCCGCCCGCUCUCACUCCUUGCUCAGGCCUUUGUAGGCAUUGACGACGAGGCUGUUGUCAUACUAUCUGCCGUUGGACUCCCUCGAACGCCCGACCGCGCGCUCGCCUUACCUGGUCGUCCACCCCGGCCCGAAGUUCCUCAGCCCGAGCUUAGCGCCCCACUGCUGUACAGGUCUUGGCCCAGGGGCUGGCACGUCAAUGGGGUCCUUGACGGCCUUCUCAAGGUCUUCGGCCCCGAUCAUCGCCACGAGCCAGCGCCCUCAGCAUUCAUGCGCGUGUUUGGCGUGCCAUACAAGCGGACGACUGUGCGCGACGCCCUCCAGCGGUUUUCUACCCUUCCACAAGAGGAGCGGGUUGCCUUGUAUCGCAACCAGCCUGGCACCUUCUGGGGUAAAUUUAGUCGCAACGUUCCACUGAAGGAAUACACGCCCUCCAUCAAGCACGAUUCCUCCAGCGAUGGCGACUCCUCAGACGACAGCAAGUCCUUGGUCAAACGCGAGCCCUCGGACGUGCCCUCGGACGCGUCCUCCAUCAAGCUUGAACCCUCCGUUGACGUGGAGCCUUCCAUUAAACGUCUGCCUGCCUACGACAUCGUUCUUUCCAGCGGGUCUUCGAGCCCUUCGCGCUCAACCUCUACCUCCGCACCUGCUGCCUCAAGUCGCGCUCGUUCGAAACGCAAGGCCAAGUCCCAGGCCUCUUCAAGUCGUCCUAGAGCCAAGCCCAGGCUGUCAAAGUCUCGCAAGUCGCAGAAGAAACCCGAGUACAUCGAGAUCUCAAGUGAUCCCGAGAUAAUCGAGAUUUCAAGUGAUUCUUCCGAUCUCCCUCGUUUCCUCCUAGCUAAAGUCAACAACGAGUCCAGUGAAUACUUUGAUAUCUCAGGGAUCAAGUCGGAUGAGGACGAGGACGCUUGA